CAACUUUAUAGUUAAAUAUGGCUUAGCGAACUAAUCCAAAAAGGCAGAGAGAGACCUAGAAGAAAAUAAAGAAAACCCUAGAGAAGAGAGAUGUUGGGUUGAACUAUUUGAGAGGAGAAGGUGAGGUGUAAGACUUUUUGUCCUUACAAGCAUCACAUAAAUCCCCUCUUCCUACCUAUAAAUCUUUGGUCAUCUUUCCUCCAUUUUCCCAACAAUCUCAGACAGCCUUCCAAAGAUUAGUUCUUGUUCAAGAAAUCAAGAGGGAAAGCAAAGCAGAGAGAGAUGGGUAGAGCUCCUUGUUGCGAUAAGGCUAAUGUCAAAAAAGGACCAUGGUCACCUGAAGAGGAUGCGAAGCUCAAGGCUUAUAUUGAACAGUAUGGUACUGGGGGCAACUGGAUUGCACUUCCUCAAAAAAUUGGGCUUAAGAGAUGUGGAAAAAGUUGCAGACUGAGAUGGUUGAAUUACUUGAGGCCCAACAUCAAACAUGGUGGAUUCUCUGAAGAAGAAGACAACAUCAUCUGCAGCCUCUAUAUUAGUAUAGGCAGCAGGUGGUCCAUAAUUGCAGCUCAAUUACCAGGAAGAACAGAUAAUGAUAUUAAGAACUACUGGAACACAAGGUUGAAGAAGAAACUACUUGGAAGACGCAAACAAUCUAACAUCAAUCGUCUAUCAUCUGAGAGUCCAGACUCUAACAAGGUAGAAGGUAGCUCAUCUUCAAUGGCCUUAAGCCAAUCUGCACUUGAAAGGCUGCAGCUUCAUAUGCAACUUCAAAGCCUUCAAAAUCCUUUCUCUUUCUACAACCCUGCGCUGUGGCCGAAGUUGCAUCCUUUCCAGGAAAAGGCGCUCCUCCAAUCUAUGACUGAAAGCUCCAACUCUCUUAUGCAGCAAUUCCUUAGCUGUCCUCAAGGGAAUGGACAAAAGCUUGAUAUCUAUGAACAACUCUCUGGUUCUGUCACACUUGAUCAAGAUUAUCUGAAAUUCGAAAACCCUAAGGUGGAUGGCUUGGAGAAUUCCAUGGAUGGUUUAACAUCCUCAGACAGCCCAAUCCCUUUCGUCAAUGGUAAUAAUGUGACAGAGUCAAGCAUGGGAGCGAGGGCCGAUGCUGUAGAGCAAUCUGAGGUAGCAAUCCAGCCUGUUUCGACCUUCCAACCUGAGCUUGAGGACAUCAUCAGUAAUAAAGCAUCUGGGUUUGUGUCACACGAGGAUCAGAUUGCUGAAUUUGAUUGUUUCAAAGAAAUGAAUGUUUCCAAGGACAGUUUGAUAUGGUGGUCUAGUGACUUUGAGACAAAAUCAGCAUCCUCAACUUCAUGGGAAUCCACUUCUGUUCUUCAAUCUGAAGGGAUGUUUCAAGAUUAUGAAUUGACUUACAAUAUGUAAUCGAAUCAGAGGAAAGAAAAAAAAGAAAAGAAAGGAAUUAGAGAGCUGUUUUAAGUCUAUUGUGAUGGUCAUAAGAUGAUGAUGAGGAAGAGAUCCAAGUUGGACAAUCUCUAAUAAUAGGUUAUUGUAAAUUGUGUGAAUAAUAAUGUAAAAGUCUUUUCUUCUUACAGUCU